ACCAUGGUCAGGCGUUCUUCUUACCUCGAGUGGCGCUGCUAAGCUGGACGGCCCCACCGGAUAACGCUAAUGCGCGCCAAGCUCGCCGUGCCGGUCGCCGGCGCCGCCCCCUCGCCGCCGCGGCCGUCCUCUGUCUCGCUCCGCCCCAGGCCGCACACCCGGUUGCCCGCCAAACCCGUGCGCGCCCUUCGGAGCGGCGACGGCGGGCCCCCGGGACGCGCCUGGCCGGCCGUCGCCGCCGCGCUCUUCGGCGCCGGGUUCCUCCUCGGCCCGCUCCUCGACGGCAUCCACUCCCGCGUCGGCCUCCAGCUCUACCACAGUGGCGCCGUAGAUGUCGGCCCCCUCCACACCCACAUCCUGGUUCCACCGCUUCUCGGAGCGUUCUACUCCACCGUCGGGAUGCUCCAGCUGUUCUUGGACGAGAGGGUGUCGCCGCCGCCGGCCGUAUCCAAGGCAACCGGGAGCCCGCAGAAGACGGCGGCGUCGCUAGUGUUCCUGGCGCUGUUCAUCGAGCUGAGCGCGGAGAUGUACAGAGCGGGGGUGCCCAGCAACGUGGAGGCGUACGUGCUGUUCGCUGGCGCAGAGCUCGCGUGGCUGCUCCUCGACGGCACCUGGCUCGGCUUCGCCUUCGCCUGCCUCGUCGGCACCGCCUGCCCUCUCGCCGAGAUCCCUCUGAUCAAAUUGUUCGACUGCUGGAGCUACCCCAACGCCGACGUACAGCUUCUUGGCGAGGGGCUCGUGAGCUGGACGACGACGUGCUACUUUGUGUACACGCCGUUCUUGGUGAACCUGGCGAGAUGGCUCAAGGCGCAGCUGGUGGUGGGCGGCGGCGACGAUGCAGAGGCGGCAGCAGGUCGGUGAUGAAAGCGAACAAGAUCACAUCACAAUUCACAAACCAUGGCGUCCAACUGAGCUGUUCAUGCUCUGCUCAGCCACCGGAUGUAUCUGCAAGACUCCCGACCGUUGCAGUGGAAAUCUAACACCUCACCGGAGAAGAAAUCACGCAGAUCAGUGUACAUAGAAAGACACAGCCAACUGCUGAAUCAAUUCUUAUGGACUAUUUGGUUCGGAGGAAUUUACGGAGAUCAGUAGGUGAACUGCUUUUCGAUGUUAAUUAUAUAAAAAAUCAUGUGUUUCAAAGGAGCUACAAAGAAUCUGAAUAUUUUAUCUGAACCUAAGGUUAGGUACCUGGAUUAAUGGCUAAUGACUGCUUUCUCACAUUCUCUGCACAAUAGUU